AUGGAAGGCCCUUUAUCGAAAUGGACCAAUAUGGUUCAUGGAUGGCAGUAUCGAUGGUUUCGUCUUGAGGAAGAUGCAUUAUUAUACUACACAUCCAGGGAAAAAAUGCUUAAAGGCCAACAACGAGGGUGCAUGCGACUUCAUGGUGCAGUCGUAGGCAUUGAUGGCGAAAAUAACAGUCUCUUCACGAUCACCGUUGAUGGGAAGGUAUUCCAUUUACAGUUUUAUGAGGUCCUUAAGAAGAAUCUUCAUGAAUAUUCUCAAGAUUUGCAUUCGGAUAUGCAUGUCAAUGUAGAAGAUAUGUAG